AUGUCUCUCCCGAACGCAGCUCCGCCCGCCGCAACCGACGCCCGCCCGCAUGAAGCGCCGCCAGAAGCAGGGGAGGGGGUGGCCGAGGUGGCCGUGAAGGGGUCCACCGGGGCAGAGGCAGGGGGGAAGGAGGAUAGCACGGCAGACGGCAUAGCGCCAGACACAGCGACGGACACAGUCACGGCAACUGCAGCGACCACGGAUACGGAUACGGUGACGGAGUCGGCGACGGACACUGCGACAACCACAGCAAAGGACGCGCCCGAGCCUGACGACCGCGAGCUGGAGCUCGACCCGCCCAUCGCCAGCACACAGGAGCUUACCGUCGAUCCGCCUACGACCAGCACACAAGAGCUCGCCCGCGACCCGCCUACGCCCAAGACACAAGAGAUUACCGUCGAUCCACCUACAACCAAGACACAAGAGCUCGUCGACCCGCCCACGCCCACGUCCACGGCAAAGGGCAAGGCCCCCGUGCGCUCGCCGUCGCCGCCGCCACCACCCCCCAAGGACGACGGCUACCUGGCCACCAGCGUCCCCAGUCGCUCGCCGUCGCCGGCGCAGGACAAGAGCGCGCGCAGCUCCGAGGACGCCGCCGCCGCUGCCUACGCGGCCAAGCUCGACGGCAGCUCCGAGGACGAGCAGUCGGAGAUCCAGAGCAUCAUGGAGCAGUUCGAGCACAGCGGCCUGACCCCCGACGCCAUCCUGUCGCCGCGCCUGGAGCUUGCCGGCCCGCUGCUCGAGUCGCCCUCGUUCCCCCCGCGCCACUCGAGCCUGCCCGUCGACAAGCCGCUGCCGACCCCGCACGACGACGCCGCCUCGGUGCACUCCGUCUCAGUCCAGUCGCCGCGCGCCGCCUCGCUGUACCGCGUCGGCACCAACACGUCCUUUGUGGAGCCCACCUCCCCCAGCGCCCACGCCUCCCAGUACAAGCCCGCCCAGCCGGCCCCGGCGCCCGAGCCCGACCUGCCCUUCGACUUCCACCGCUUCCUCGAGCAGCUGCGCCACCGCACCGCCGAUCCCGUCGCCAAGUUUCUGCGUUCCUUCCUGCUCGAGUUCGCCAAGAAGCAGUGGAUGGUGCACGAGCAGGUCAAGAUCAUCGCCGACUUCCUCGAGUUCAUCGCCAAGAAGAUGGCCCAGUGCGACGUCUGGCGGUCGGUGUCUGAUGCCGAGUUCGACAACGCCCGCGAGGGCAUGGAGAAGCUGGUGAUGAACCGCCUGUACAGCCAGACCUUCUCGCCCGCCAUCCCGCCGCCCGAGCCGACCUCUCCCCGCAAGGGGCGAAGACGCCAGGACCCGCCCGGCCCCGGCCGCCGCGGCCAGCACCAGGAGGACGUCGAGCGCGACGAGGUGCUGGCCCAGAAGGUGCGCAUCUACAAGUGGGUGCGCGAGGAGCAUCUCGACAUCAAGGACGUCGGCGACAAGGGGCGCAAGUUCCUCGCCCUCGCCCAGCAGGAGCUCCUCAAGAUCAAGACGUACCGCGCCCCGCGCGACAAGAUCAUCUGCAUCCUCAACUGCUGCAAGGUCAUCUUCGGCUUCCUGCGCACCUCCAAGUCCGACCAGUCCGCCGACGCCUUCGUGCCGCUGCUCAUCUACACCGUGCUGCAGGCCAACCCCGACCACCUCGUCAGCAACGUGCAGUACAUCCUGCGCUUCCGCAACCAGGACAAGCUCGGCGGCGAGGCCGGCUACUACAUCUCCUCGCUGAUGGGCGCCGUGCAGUUCAUCGAGGGGCUCGACAAAACCAGCCUGACCGUCACCGACGCCGAAUUCGACACCAACGUCGAGGCCGCCGUCCGCGCCAUUGCCGAAAAACACUCAGACGCCGAAAUCCACCCCGACUCGGCCGCAGGGCCCGCCCACCUGCACCCCUCGCCCUCCAAACACCGCCGCAUGCCCUCGCCCCACUACCACCACGUCAGCGAAAAGUCGUCCCCCUCGCGCCCCGAAACCGCCGGCCCGCGCCGCUCGACCUCGCUGCGCGACCGCGCCCCGGAGCCCCCCGCGGAAGAGGAAAACGCCGCCGUCGCGGGGCUGCUGAGGACCAUCCAGCGCCCGCUCAGCACCAUCGGCCGCAUCUUCUCCGACGAUCCUGGGCCGCAGCGCAGCGCGUCCGCGUCGGCGACGCCCGUCGGGAAUGCGAAUGCAGGGCAUGCUCAGCUGCCGGGGCACGACCGCUUUCCCGGCGCGUAUAGCGAGAAGCCGCAACAUCAACAGCAGCAGCAGCAGCAACAUCAACAACAGCAGCAGCAGCAUCAACAGCAGCAACACCCCGAUCCAACCGCCCGCCGCGAAAGAGCAGCAGACGACGCCGCCCGCCAGGCCAGCGCAGAGGCGGAGCAGGCGCGCCGCAUCCAGGUGCAGGAGCACCGCGUCGUGGUCGAGACGCUGACGGGCAUGUUCCCGCAGCUGGACCGCGAUGUGAUUGAGGACGUUGUAAGGGAGAAGGAGGGGCGGGUCGGGUUAGCUGUGGAUGCGUGUCUCGCGCUCGCGAAUCCGUAG